AUGGCUGAUGCAAGAAACGUUAAUGAGGAUGAUGACACGACUCGUCAAGAAGCCUUUAACCGUAGGGUCACGGAGGUGGCGGAAGGGGUUAUGCAAGCCCAUCUUCCACGAUUAGCUCAAGAGGUAGAAAUCCGGGUUUUGGGAGUCGUGGAUGCUAUGAUGACUAGUAAGAUCGAGGAAUUGAAAGAACUGAUUGAAGGGUCUAGAAGUAAAGGCAAGGAACGACGAUACAUGUACAAAGACUUCAUGGCGUGCAAUCCUGCAACAUAUGAUGGUAAUAUUGAUCCGAUCGCAUUCCAAAGAUGGAUUUCGAAUAUAGAAGCGGUAUUUAUACGAAAUCGAUGUGAUAAGGAAGAUCAGGUGAUGUUCGCUACUGGCCAACUCACUCUUCAAGCAAAAGAUUGGUGGGAUGCGUAUAGCAAGGAAAUAGGGGAAGACAGACUCCAAUUAAUGACCUGGCAAGAAUUUAAGGAGCCCUUUAUGAGAUACCAUUGUCCUCAGUCGGCUAUUGAUAAGAUUCAGGAGGAUUUCUUGCGCCUUCGACAGAAAAAUGAGUCAAUAAAUGAGAUAUCAAAUAUCUUCAUGGAUAAGAUGAAGUUUUGCGGAGAUUUUGUGAAGACUGAAAGGAUGAAGAUCAAUCGUUUCUACGGGAGACAAGAAGAACGCGGUGAAAAGAGAUCAAGUGAAAAGGGUGCAAGUUCGGGUCCAUCUAAAAAGGGAAAGUUUCAAGACCAAGGGAGGAAGGAAAAAUCGAAGGGUGGAAUUACUCCUUGUAAGACUUGUGGAAAACUCCAUACUGGAGAGUGCCUGUUAGGCAAAAAGGGGUGCUACAAAUGCGGUAAGGAGGGGCAUUCAUCUUAUCAAUGCCCAAAUAACCCGAAGACUUGUUUCAAUUGUUUUGAAAGGGGACACAUUAAAUCAGAAUGCCCAAAACUUCAGCAAGAAUCGAAAAAGGAAGAUAAGAAGCAAGAGGGUUCUAAGACUAAAGGAAGGAUGUUCCAAAUCACAUCCGAAGAAACCAAGUCCCAUCCGAAUGUGGUCUCAGGUAUCUUUCUAUUGAACUCUAUACCGGUUUAUGUUUUAUUUGAUACCGGAGCCACUAUGUCGUUUAUUUCAAACGAAAUUGUACAACAUCCUCCAUUUAAGGUUGAACGAAUGUCGAUACCCUUAGAAGUAGAAAUAGCCGAUAGCAAAAAUUAUUUGUUGCACGAAAUAUGUAGGAGUUGUAUAUUAACCAUCAAAGAUGAGGAGUUUGACAUCGAUCUUAUAUCUAUGAUUUUGGGGGAAUUUAAAGUAAUAGUGGGUAUGGAUUGGAUGUCCCAAAACCACGCGGAGAUAAGUUGUGAGACCAAAACAAUACUUAUCCAAUCUCCAAGUGGAAGGCGAUUAAAUAUACAAGGCGAAAGAAAGGUGGAAGCGGAGCUAUGUACCCUUGUUCAAGCCAUUAAGUAUGUGCUCAAUGGGAGUAGGACAUAUUUAGAUUAUGUGGUAGAUACUCAACAAGGUUCCCCGAAACUUGAAGAUGUCGAAAUUGGGAACGAAUUUCCUGAUGUAUUUCCGGAAGAAUUGCCGGGGCUCCCUCCCGAGCGAGAAGUAGAGUUUUGA